GCGAACGCGCGAGGAAGAGAGAAAAGGAGAAGGAGAGCGCGAGAGGAGGCGGGCUGAGAAACGCGGCGCGGACCGCGCCAGCGCGCCCCGACCCUCGAAGCCGAGGGGAUGUUCCUAAGGGAGGCUGACGACCACAAUUUCGCCGAGAUGGAGUUCCUCCAGAGCCAUCAUUCAGCCAACAACUCCGAGUCGCCCUACACUCUCGGCGCCGGCUCGGUCGGAAGCAUCGAGGCGAGCAUACCGUCGGGCCUGUGCUCGGGUUCCUUGGGCGGCGAAGACGAGGCCGAGGCUGAGGCCGAGGACCAGCUGCCGCACCACGAGCAUGGAGAGAGUAGUCUAGCCGGACUCCAGGCGCAACAACAGCAACAACAACAGCAGCAACAACUACAACAACUACAACAGCUACAGACAAACGGACCGCAGAGCCAACUGAUCGGGGAAUUUGGCACCAGCUUCUGGGUCGACGACAUGGCCGGUUUCCCGCUACCGCCCCUCGACCUCGACCCCCUGCCACCAGCCCUCUUCAGUCCAUGUUCUGGCACUUACAACUGGGGCUGCACCCGGGGCGACUGCAUGCCCCGGGGCCCGGGCAAUAUCAACGGCGAGGGCAUGGCCGAUGUGUUGCUCUCCCUGAAGCACGCGGUCGUGCACCCGGCGAGUCCAACCGGCGGCUACUACACGGCGGGCGGCGUCCCGCCCCAUGGGUACGCGCCCCAAGACUACGGCCAGGGACUCGGGCCCACGGCACCUCACUACUCACAGGGCCCCGCUAUGUCCGUCAACGUCUCCAUGAACAUGACCAUGAACAUGAACAUGCAUCCCAGCCACGGCUACGAGCAGAGCUACGCGGGGGCGUGGGGCGUGGAGCCGCUGCUGAGUCCCGCCCCCCAGUACGCCGGGGUCGAGCAGCAGCAGAGGGUGAACCAGGGGGCGGCCAAUAGCCUCGCGACUGCCGCUGCCGCUGCCGCCGCCGCCGCCCACCAGCAGCAACAGCAGCAGCAGCAGCAACAACAACAACAACAACAACAACAACAACAGCAGCAGCAGCAGCAGCAGCAACAACAGCAACAACAGCAACAGCAGACGGCCGAUCAUACGCUAUGCGGCGAUGGAAUAACGACGAGCCUCACCCAGGUGCCCUCUUCGCUAGGACACGACGACCAAGCGAGGCCGAACCUCUGCAGGAUAUGCGGCAAGACGUACGCGAGGCCAAGCACCCUGAAGACGCACCUUAGAACGCACUCCGGCGAGAAGCCCUUUAGGUGCCACGCCUGCUCGAAAGCGUUCAGCCAAGCGGCAAACUUGACGGCCCACGCGAGAACUCACUCGGGGGAAAAGCCCUUCCGGUGCCCGGUGUGUGACAGGAGAUUCUCCCAAAGCAGCUCCGUCACGACGCAUAUGAGGACGCAUUCCGGAGAGCGACCGUACAGGUGUCGAUUCUGCAAGAAGGCCUUCUCCGACAGCUCGACUUUGACGAAGCAUUUACGGAUCCACUCGGGCGAAAAGCCUUAUCAGUGCAAGCUGUGCUUGCUGAGAUUCAGCCAGAGCGGUAACCUCAACAGGCACAUGAGGGUUCACGGUGGCUCAUUGACGUGACAAAAUACGAACUUUGCCAUGAUGGAUACAGUCACAUCGCCACAGUGCUGCCGAAUACCCGUUAUUCGACUCGGGACGAGCUUACAACGAAAACAG